CUUCUUCUGGGCUGCUCUACAUUUCUUCCUUCUCUGUUAGGGCGUCAGAUUUCAGCAAGAAAAAGCCAUGAGUUAUUUGGGUGUGGAGGUUAGUUCCGGUGAUGUCCCCGGAUACAACGGCACUAAUUUGAAGGUUAUCGACAGAAGAGUGAGAAUCACAGAACUGGCCUUAAGGAUUUUGAUAUGUGGCCUCAGUGUACUUGCAGCUGUUCUUGUUGGAACAGAUACUCAGAUCAAGGAAAUCUUCACGAUUCAAAAGAAAGCUAGAUUUACAGACAUGAAAGCUCUCGUGUUUUUGGUGGUGGCCAAUGGCAUAGCUGCAGCCUACUCAUUACUACAAGCAGUGUGUUGCGUUGUGGGUAUGGUGAGAGGAAGUGUCCUCUUCAAUAAGCCUCUGGCUUUGGUUAUUUUCUCUGGAGAUCAGACCCUGGCAUACUUGAACGUGGCUGCAGUUGGAGCCGCCACACAAUCGGCAGCGUUUGCCAAGUUGGGGCAAACGCAGCUUCAAUGGAUGUCGUAA